CUGCGGCUCGGUGCGGCAUGGACGGUGCCAGGGUCCCCGAGUGGGCCGGCUCCUUUGGGCGGCUGAUGGCCAAGAUGAAGCCCCAGGAUGCCCGGGAGCUGCUGCCCGAGGAUGGCCUGGUGGCCCCCCAGUUGCGGCUGCAGGAGCUGACGAGGCUCCAGUGUGGCCGCUUCCCAUGGGGCUGGCUGCCAGCGCAUGUGCAGACCCCCUUCCACCCAUGCAGGGAUGAGAAGUGCCACAAGGGGCUGGUGAAGAUGUGUGUCUGGGGCCAGCCAUGCAGAGCGUGCCCCCCGGGCACCCCUCAAGACUGGCAGGUGAGCCCUUCCAGUGUCCGGAUCUUCCUCAGUGAGCUGGCCGUGCACGUCCUGCAGGAGUGCCACGGGGAGAGCCUCGGCCCCAGCCACGGCCCUGAGGUUGGCUGCAUGGUCUCCUCGGGCCUCUUCCAGAAAGCCCGAGACCCCACCUCGGGGCCCAUGGCCAAGAGUGCCGGCCCCAUCAGGGGCAGGUGCACCCUGUACAGUGGCGUCAGCUGUGCCGAGGGCACGGGCAGUGGCUCGCACACCCAGCAGCGGCUGACCCCCAGCAGCUGUGGCCCCCUCGUCAAGAGCAGCAGGAGCAAGGGCUUGGGCCAGGCCUGCAUCACCAUCCCCUUCUCUGUGUCUGACUUCAUCAAGAACCCGCUCACCGAGAGCAGCUACUUCUUCAGCAAGGACGAGGGGGUUGUCACCAUCCGCUUCUCCCUGGUGGAUGCCAAGAAGGACAAGUGUGGCACUGCCGAGGGCAGAGGCUCCAUCAGCCUUGGAGAUGGCUCCCUGUCGGCAGCUGGCACCGGUGGACCCUGCGUCAUUGCCAAGGGCCGCAUCCGUCUCUCCAGGAGCGCCAUGGCCAUGCCCGAAGGCAAGGGCGCCCCGAUCUACAUCAAGGAGCCCAUCUUUCACGGCAAAGGCCUCCUCUUUAAUGACGUCAGGGGCAAGGGCUCCGUCUCCAACUCCAUCGACCCUGCCAAAGGCCAGAGGCUCCUCUGCAGGAGCUGUGGCCAUGGCACACCUGCACGUAGCCCACUUCCAGCGUCCUACAUCAUCUUCCUCCUGGCCAACGGUGAGGGCUCCAUCACCUUCCCCUCGUCCUUGACCGACAUCAUCAAAGGCAAGGACCCCUUUGCCCACUUCACUGAGGGCAGAGGGAAGGAGGGUGUCAGCAAUGGCUUUGCCACCACUGGCUACCAGCCCCUUCCAAGAGCCGAUCCUGGUGGCCCCAUCGCCAAUGAGGAGGGAUCCAUCACUUUCCCCUUCGUCUUUACUGAAGACGUCCAAGACAAGGACGCUUUCAUGGAAACCACUCGGGGCAAAGGGAAGGCCACCACUGGCCCUGCUGCACUUCCAGAGACCAGAGCUGGUGGCCCCAACGCCAGUGAUGAGGGCCCCAUCGUCUCCUCCAUCUCAACUGAAGACGUCAAAGACGAGGACGCUUUUACUGACAGCCCUGAAGGCAAAGGUGGGGAAGACGGCGGCUAUGGCCCAGUUGGCACUGGUUGGGACCCGGUUCUGGAGACCAGCGCCGGCGGCUCCAUCGCCGUUAGCAAGGGCUCCAUCACCAUCCCCUUCUCAGUCUUCAGCUUCAUAAAGCACGAGGGCCCUGGUUACCGCACCAGUGGCCCCAAGGGCAGUGGCCCUGACGCCCACGGCUGUCACAAGAAGAGGCGGCUGAGGUCCAGGUUCGGCAAGUCCAGCUCCGGGUCGCAGCGGGAUGGAGGCGUCUGCCGGGCUGGCACCUGCUGUGGGCCGUGUGCCGAGCGGGACGAAGACUUCUGGAUCUGGGUGUCGCUGACCAUCUGUGCCCUUUGGCUGCUAUGCAUGUGCAAGCUGAGCCCCGGCCUCUUCUAGCCGCCAGUGUGGGCUGCUGCCCCCCUCUAGUGGGCCCCCCCAGGCAAAAGCGAGCCAGCCGCAGGCCACCUCCCCCACCGCAGCUCCCCCCACGGGCUCCCCCGUCCCUCCUCGCACCAGGUGCCUCUGUGUCCUCUCUCUUGGCUUGAGCAGGGGUUUUGUGCUGUUUGUUUUGUGAGUGUUCCCUGAGCUGUACACGUAAGCUCCAGGUGCUGUUCGGUGUGUGUGUGUGUGUGUGUUAGAUUCCAAUAAAACAAAGGUCAAA